UAAGUUACAAAGAAACUACCUUUUGUUUUAUUUACUAAGAGUGCCGAAGUGAUAUCUUAAUGUAUGUGUCAUUGUCAUAUACAUAUAAACAGAAAAUAUUCAUAUAAUAAGUGGUGUAUGGUCAUUGUUUCUUAUAAACAAUGACGUGGUCAAAUUUUCAAUGUACUUUAGCAGUACUUCAAGUAAUUACAGGUUCAUUUAAUACUUUAUCAGUUAAAUAUGCCGAUCAACAAGUUGUACUUGGUGAAGAUGGACAACUUAGAUAUUUCAAUCAUCCUUUUAUGCAAUCAUCAUUUAUGUUUUUUGGAGAAGCUCUUUGUUUUUUAGCGUUUAAAGUUUUUUACUACUAUUAUAAUCAGCGAGAUGAUGGCUCUGUAGAUAAUAACGUACUCACCAAAGGUUCAAGGAUUUUUAAUCCUUUUAUUUUAAUAGUACCUGCAUUAUGUGAUAUGUUUGCAACAUCCAUAAUGUACAUUGGCUUGAAUAUGACUUAUGCAAGUAGCUUCCAAAUGUUGCGUGGAUCAGUAAUUGUUUUCACUGGAAUGCUUUCUAUUGGAUUUCUUAAUAGAAAAUUGGGAGUAAGAGAAUGGAUAGGCAUCAGUUUUGUUAUAAUAGGUUUAUCAUUUGUUGGUGUUAGUGAUAUAUUAGUAAUGGAAAACAAUGAUGUCAGUGCAAAUUCUGUAAUCACUGGGGAUUUGCUUAUUAUACUUGCCCAGGUAAUAACAGCUGUUCAAAUGGUUGUUGAAGAAAAGUAUGUGGGACAACAAGAUAUUCCUGCGUUACAAGCAAUUGGAUGGGAGGGUAUCUUUGGAUUUAUUGGUAUUUCUCUCAUAAUAAUCCCUCUUAAUUAUAUUACCGCGCCACCUCCUUUUGCGGAUAAUUCACGCGGCACACUUGAAGCCACUGUAGAAGCUUUUAUCCAAAUAGGAAGCAAUAUUAAAUUAUUGAUAGCCGUUAUCGGUAUAGCAUUUAGUAUUGCUUUUUUUAAUUUCGCUGGUAUUAGCGUUACUAAGGAAAUGAGUGCUACAACAAGAAUGAUUUUAGACAGUGUUCGUACAAUUGUGAUAUGGAUCUUUUCUUUAGCGUUUCAAUGGCAAGUUUUUCAUUAUAUGCAGCUCAUUGGUUUUGUAAUUCUUUUAAUCGGUAUGGCAUGUUAUAACAAUAUUGUUAUUCCGCAAUUAAUUCGGAAAUAUCGACAUUAUUUUGGGCAUCAUACAUUAUCAGAAAAUGAAGAUUAUAUUAUUAAUACGGCUGCAGACGACGUACAAGAAACAAUAUAAGCAUCUACAUAUAUGAUAUAAAUACUUUAAACUGCCAUUAUCGCUAAUAUUAAUUAUUUUGAUAUAAUUUUGAUUAUUAUUUUAAGUAAAAUGACUAUAACAGGAUCUGCAGUCUUAUAACCCAAAGUGAUUACAGGAGGAUAUGCAAAAUCCCGAAAAGAAUGUUCCGAAAACUACGACAAUGUCCUGAAGUCACACUCGAAAUUUAAGAACUGUGACAAUGUCUUGAAAAAUCAAUCCCGAAAUUUUAGAAGUGUGACAAAGUCUCGAAUUCUUAGAAAUGAGAUAGAUAUUUACAUGUGUAUAUGUGCGCGCACGUGCAUGCCCGCAUGUAUAUCUGUAUAAGAGUGGUUUUAUUCCAUCCAGUAGAAUAUCUCAAAAUCCUGAAGUUUAGGGAUCGGUUGUUUCAUCUUCGGAUAAACUAUGUCUUACUAUAUGAUAAUUUACCUACUCAAUCUACUGGAUAAACAAAAGAGUAAAAGAAUACGAACGUAAGAGAGUAAGAGUCAGUUGAAGAGAGAGUUUACCGAAAGAUGGAACAACCCAGUCCAAGACCAAGACAAAAAUGUUUCAGACAAAAGUUGCUCAGUUAUAAGGAGGAAAGAAGAUAGUGACCUUGGUUGAU